CGUUUCUCUCUUGCAGCGCUUCCGCCUUCAGUAAAACUAAUAAGAAGGAUUCGCCCAGGCUUCACUAGCCCUCUCCUCCUUGGUCCUCGCCUCCCCAGUCCCAUCACCGUUACUGGUCUCGAUCAUAUUGUGUGUUCUUAUCGAUCUCUCUUCGCUCUCAUUUAAAUUUGAAGAAAAUGCCAAAGGUGAAGACAAAUCGUGUCAAGUACCCUGAGGGCUGGGAAUUGAUUGAGCCUACCUUACGUGAACUACAAGCAAAGAUGAGAGAAGCUGAGAAUGACACGCAUGAUGGUAAAAGAAAAUGUGAGGCUUUGUGGCCUAUUUUUAAGAUAGCACAUCAAAAGAGCCGCUACAUUUUUGACCUUUACCAUCGUCAAAAGGAAAUAUCCAAGGAAUUAUAUGAGUUCUGUUUGGACCAAGGUUAUGCUGAUCGUAAUCUUAUUGCUAAGUGGAAGAAGCCAGGUUAUGAGCGUCUCUGUUGCUUAAGAUGCAUGCAACCUAGGGAUCACAACUUUGCAACUACAUGUGUGUGCCGAGUGCCCAAGAACCUGAGGGAAGAGAAAGUCAUAGAGUGCGUCCAUUGUGGUUGCAGGGGCUGUGCAAGUGGGGAUUGAUUGAUUUCAUUUUCCCUUUGCAUGCAGGAGAUGCCCAGUUGCUUUUUACUUGUCUCGUUGUUGAACUGGAUUGUAAACUAAACAACUAUUUGGAUGCCAUGGAUGCUGGCAUUUGCCUCAGGUAUUACCGUAAUAGUGUUACUAUUUGGAGAGGCCUAACUGUCAGGCAGUUGUGAUAAUUUUAGACAUUUUACUGUGACAGUGAAUGGUUGGCUUGUGUCAUAA